AUGGUUCUAUGGGAUUCUCUUACGUCGACUACAGUUACCAAGCCUGCCGUGAUUCCAGAGAUCUCACGGACAGCCAGUGGAUCAGGGUUUGAUUCUUCAGAACAAGCUGAGGAAAUUGUGGACAAGAGCGUUGAUAGCUACAAGCUACCGGAAGUCAAGCUCUUUCGUAUCGGACACGAUACACACCCGAGGCAAUAUGUCGAAAAAGCCGACAUCAAACAUACCCCAAGACAAGGACGGUCAACUGUCCAGAAUGACUACCAGACAAACCACUGCUGCAGCUACGACCGCUGGGCCAUCCGAAGACAUCCCGAGUCGAAUGGAGCACAGAUACGGGAGGUCAAGGAUCUACUAGUUAUCCUGUCGUCGAAUCUACGGAGCAACGAACGCCUCGCACACGAAACACCCCCGAGACAGUUCAAUUGCCGCGUCUUCGGAACACUCGUUCUCCCUCAAUUCCAGGGUCGUCACGAAUGCACACCGAGGACCCUCCAAAUCGCUAUAAGAAAUCAACCAUCCUCUGAGAAAACCCUUCCUCUCAGCGAUGGGGUAGAACAUACCUUCUUACAAUGGAGCGCUUCGAUUCGGGAUCGACUCGUAGUCAAUGAUGACCACUACCUUACCGACGUCUCGAGAAGAGUGUUGAUAUGGGGAACUACGACCGGCCUGGCGAAGACCUACCUAGAGCCCCAAUACCUGUCCGCUACGCAUGGGUUCCGCAGUGCUGAGGAGAUGAUGGAUCUACUAGGUUCAUACUACCUCACAGGCAACGAGACAGAACAGGCCAGGAACCUCUUUGACGACCUGCAAAUGGGAGAGAAAGGGCAUGCUGCCGAAACCUUCCCAGAGUUCAAGGCUCGUUUCCAAAGCGCAGCUUCACAGGACAACUGCGUCGUGAUCAUCAAAAACCAAUGGAAUGGAGAAUACCAGACCAUGGUACGAGAACUUACUGCCUUUGAUCAGGAACGGCGCCGGAACAACGAAUUGAACCCGCUACCCGCUCUCGCAAGGACGUCCACACGUACCACAGAUACGGCAAAAUUGUCGGUGCCGACUCGAGCCACACCCGCUCUGUUUACCCGAACCGCGUUCCUCCCCAAGCCAGCCAUACCGGAACGUGUGAGAACCACAGUCCCUGCGCCCUCAGGAAACUGUUUCAAGUGUGGCAAGCCUGGCCAUUUCCAGGACAAAUGCCCCCUUAACGCUACUAUCAAGUAA